GCACGGUGGACCUGCCAGCCAGUGUUGCCUGGAAUACCAGAGAACUGCCAGCAGUCACUGUGGAUCAUGGUGGUGGUGCACAACAAUGGUUGAGCGUUUGCCCAGGAAGUAUCUGCUGCACCUCUGCCAACCACAAAACACGGUGAAGGGCACUUCCAGAGAAUUUCAUCCUGCGAGAUCUUUCUGAAUUUCAAUCAGCUCUUUUUAGAAAUGCAAAUAAAGAAGAUGAAGGAUAUCGGAGAACAGUUGUAUACUACACAAAUGAAUGGUGGACACAAUUCCUUGACCAUGUCUCCCAAACAGCCUAAUUCUGAUAGAGCAAUUCGGCCAGAUAGACAAGAACCACAAAACCUUUUGUACCAAGGCUCAGAGGCAGAGGCUGCCAUGAUGACCAUUGCGACCUGUGUGCAGUGCAAAAUCACACACAAAAUCCCUCCUCAAGAUUUGAAGAAGGGCACUGGGCAAAGCCAAACGGAAGACAGAUAUGUCUGCUUUAAAUGCAGCCUUCACGUGGCUCCUCCCCAAUUUCAUUUUGUGAACAGUAAUCCCAGUGCUACUCAUGUCGGAAAUAAAAUGGAAACCAUCUCAAGUCCUGUCAAUAACAAAUUUAAGGUAAGGAACUUUAAGCCAGGCAAAUACUAUUGUGAUAAGUGUCGAUUUUCCACAAAGGACCCCCUGCAGUACAAAAAGCACACACUUCAACAUGAAGAGAUUAAAUUCAUCUGUUCUCACUGCAGCUACAUUUCAUACACAAAAGGAGAGUUUCAGAGGCAUUUGGUGAAGCAUACAGGCAUAUUUCCAUAUCAGUGUGAGUAUUGUGACUAUGGUGCUAUUAGGAAUGAUUACAUUGUCAAGCACAGGAAGAGAGUCCACGAGAGGGCAGGUGCUAAACGGCCUCUCAAAACUAUUGCCAAGCUGGAGCCGAAAAGAACCAGUGUUUCAAAGCAGAACGCAGAGCUCCUAAAGGUUCCCAAUCCAGGGGCUACAUUUCAGCAUAAGUUGUCCGAUCAGCUUUCAAGAUUCUCUCUCCACGCAAAUAAAGACAGAAUGCACGGUAUUGUGCUAUUACCAGACCCGAAGGAAUACCAAAAAGAUGUAGUGUGUAUUCCGAAUAAAAUGACCGGAUCUGAGUCGAAAGAAGUCAGUCUGUCGGGGAACAAAAAUGUGGAAGUGGAAGUGCUAUCCCCUGCCAAAGAGCCCCUGCAGCCAGGCAUGCCCUUAACUGUUGUGGCACCAGCAGAGCUGGUUGUCCCUGCAAACUGCCUAGCGCAAUUGAUAGACGUGAAGGUCGUCAAUGGCACCCAGCAGCUUGUUCUGAAACUGUUCCCACUGGAAGAAAAUACUCGUCUUGAAGCUGGUGGUGGUGAUGGAGGGAAUGCUGAGCUGAUUAAAGAGACAGGCUCCAAUGAACGAGGAAAAGUACUUUCGGCAGAAAAGACAAAGUCACUGAGGAUUGAAGGGAAUGUCGGAGAACUUGUGGGCAUUGGUGAUCUUCAAUCUUCAGUUCAGAAACAUCUUAAAAAUGUGAAAUGGGUAAGGUCUUAUGACUGCUUCAUGUCAAAUUCUAGUGUGCACAACCAUAGAGAAUCCUUUCUCAGUCCUGAUACAGUUAGGGAUUUGCAGAAAAAACAUACCUUGUAUUCACAUAGAACUGCUCACCCUUCUGUUGCCUUAAAAGGUCAUUCUCCGGCCUCUGUAGGAAAAAACAGUGCUUUGUGUGGUCUCGGAGUGGCCUUGAACCCUUUUCCAUGUAAAGCUGCGGUUUCCUUUGCUGAAGAUGGAAGAACUUCACACAGUGACUCCCAGCAUUUACUUCCUCUUGCUGCAUCGCCUGCUACCAUUUCCUUCUCUGGAGAAAAGGGCUUCCUGCCCAUAAGUAAGAAUGACUUAGAAUCCAGAAGUCAGAUCAGUAUUCCUGUAAAAAUGGCUUCCUCUAGUAGAAAGCUGGAAGAUAACCAGACAGAGGAAAACAAGGCAGUGUCCAACAUGGGCCAUAUUUCCUCUUCACAAAAAAGUGAGUAUUUACACAUAAACCUUGCUGGAGAAGACAGAGUUAGGUCCCAACAGCCUGGUGAUCAGCUUGUAGAACUGAAGGAUCCUGUGAGGACUAACGACACGUAUGAUGGGCCAGUCAUUUCAUCAGUAUUUUCUCUGAGUUCUGGAUCUGAAAACAUCCCAGAGGGCAUUAAGUGGAAUAGUUCAACAUCCAAAAUCAAGUCAAUUGAACUGUUGCGCAGAAAAAUCGCUCAGUUAAUUGAAUCCUGUGGCAAGCCCUCAUCCUUGUCUGCAAACAGUGCACAUCGCCGUUCUGUAGGGCAAGCAUCAAAGGUAACUUCGAAAUCAUCUCCAGAAAGUAUUCAGGAAAUUAGUGUGUCACUUACUGGCCCUGGCCCUUCCAUGGGUCCUCUCCAAAAACCUCAAAAUGAGGUCACUGACAGCAAGCAACUUAUUCCGCAGAUCUACCCACAGUUUGCCAAGGGCAGUGAUGGGAGACCUGAAAACAGAGUGACCAGGAAGACUCAUGUUGCCACUCCAGUGCUGAUCCCCAAAGGGGCUGUGCUCAGGGUCCUGAACUCCUCCGAGGAUGCUCACAUCAUCGAGGCUACCUGUGACAAACCUGUCAGCAUCCCCUGCAGCGAAGCACACUUACCAAAACCAGCAACAUUCUGCUCUGUGAAGCAGACAGAUUCAGACUUGCAGCCUGUGAUGAGUGAAAGGGGGCCAGUAGACAUGUACCCAAGUCUGGAGCCAUCUCUUCGGCCUAAACUGAGAAAGGAGGAUGCCACUGGUAGCACUGCCCCUAAGAAAAUUGGCCCUGUGCACGGGCAGCAAGGAAGCAGUGACUGGACCAAGCCAGGGAGGCUGCUGUCCAGAAGUCUGACUGUCAGCAGGAAUAAGGCCAAGCAGGUCAGCUCAUCCAAGAAGAAAAGCAAGAGUCAGGCUGACCCUAGCCGCUGUCUCAAGGAUCCUUCCAUUUUUCAGGUUGCAAGACAGCUUCGACUGAUAGCAGCUAAACCUGAUCAGCUGAUUAAAUGUCCCCGUCGGAACCAGCCAGUCAUUGUGUUAAAUCAUCCCGAUGUGGACUCACCCGAGGUGACCAAUGUGAUGAAGGUAAUCAACAAGUACAAAGGCAACGUGCUCAAAGUUGUCCUGUCAGAGCGGACGCGAUGUCAGCUGGGCAUCCGGCGCCAUCACCUGCGGCUGACCUACCAGAACGUAGAGGAAGCCAACCAGCUGAAAAGGCAAAUGAUGCUGAAGAUGAAACUGAAGAAAGUUCACAAAAAUAACUACCAGGUGGUGGAUGCCUUGCCCGAUGACUCGUCGCAGUGUAUAUUUAAGUGCUGGUUUUGUGGGCGGCUGUAUGAAGACCAGGAGGAAUGGAUGAGUCACGGCCAGAGGCAUUUGAUCGAGGCGACCAGGGAUUGGGACGUUCUGUCUUCCAGGGGCAAAUGAGUAAAAGUUGGUCUUUGAAGCAAAUUGUUUUUCUUUUAGUUUUUGUGGUUUGGGGUCCCCACCCCCAGAUUCAGUAGAAGUGCAGACAGUAGGAAUGAGGACCGGGCC